GUAGCAAAAGGAAGGUAGGAGGCGGUGGGGUCGCAGGAAUUGUAAUAUCUCUGGUGGUUCUUGGCGCAAUGCUUGCCUUCUUUGUUAUCAAGUGGAAAUCCAUGCGGCGUCAACAUGGAGAAGAUCUUGAGAAGAAUGUGCCUCUGACCCAUCUUGCUUCGGGAAAAUUUAAGCAGCUGAGGCCCAUGAACACUGUAUCACCAGCUGGAAAGGAAGGGUUGCAGAGGACUGUCUCGAUGAACUUGAAACCGCCAUCGAAAAUUGGCUUCCACAAGUCCUCUGACGAAAAUGAUCACCUCAACAAGUCCGCUGAGACGAACAAAACAAACAUGUCUUCCAUCAGAGCAACUGCAUACACAGUGGCAGACCUGCAGAUGGCUACUGAGAGCUUCAGUACCAACAACCUGAUCGGUGAAGGCACUUUCGGCAGGGUUUAUAGAGGACAGUUGUCCAAUCAGAAGGUACUGACGCUAGAUGCGGCUGAGCUCAGGCGACCAAAAUCGGUGGCGUGACUCAGGCUUUUGCUGCCUGGCCGGACGCCAACCAAAGAAAUUAAUUUACACCUCCGGCAUGCAGCCAGGAUGCAAUCCAAACAAUGCCCUUAAUAUGGGACCGAGGGAGUACUUCUAAUGUCCUUUCUCUAAAAGAUAUAUUCAUUUUGGACUUGUUCGUUGAAGGAAGCAAUUCUAAUUGU